AUGUACCUGGCUAACGCUUCUGAUUCCACUCGCUGUAAAGCUUUUCCGACCACCUUAACGAAAGCAGUGAUGAAGUGGUUCAACAACCUCCCUCCAAGAUCGGUCACGAGCUUCGACGACAUCUCGAGGAAAUUCCUGAUGCGGUUCUCCAUUCAAAAAGACAAGGUAAAACACGUACCGAGCCUCCUAGGUGUGAAACAGGAGGUCGGAGAACCUUUAAGAAACUACAUGGAAAGGUUCAACAAAGCGUGCUUGGAGAUUCAAGAUCUGCCCACGGAGGCAGUAAUCAUGGGCCUAGUAAAUGGACUUAGGAAAGGCUCCUUCUCCCAGUCCAUAUCAAAAAGGCACCCUACCUCCUUGAAUGAUGUACAGGAAAGAGCCGAAAAGUACAUCAACAAGGAGGAAAACGCUAGACUACAAGAACCAAGUUGGCGACCUGGGCACUCUCACCUGUCGAAAGAGAAAGAGAGAAAGCCCAAGAAGAAGGAGGAGAUCGGCGUAGAGAAGCCGAGGAGAUAUCACUCUUAUACUCCUCUGAAAGUUUCCCAAGUCGAUUUGUAUAGGGAAAUCUGCCAUACUGAAAGGCUUCCACCCCCUAGGCCCAUCAAGAACAAAAAGGGGGAGUCGUGA